AGUACGUCAUGUUUUGUCCCUUGUGGUGAGCGGGUGUAGCUGCUAAACAGUGUAUGUAUUCAUAUUUAUUUGUUUGGUCAGUGUGACAGAGAUGGAGAUCGGGACGGAGAUCAGCAAGAAAAUAAGAGCUGCUAUCAAGGGCAAGCUCCAAGAACUUGGUGCAUAUAUCGAUGAAGAACUCCCUGACUACAUAAUGGUGAUGGUGGCAAAUAAGAAAACUUCUCAGCAGAUGGCGGACGAUUUAUCACUUUUUCUUGGAAACAACACAAUUAAAUUUACAGCAUGGUUACAAGGUGUGUUGGAGAAAUUAAGAUCUGUUGCAGUUGAACCUGGGUCUCUCAGACAUCAGCUGCAGUCAGAGAGUGGGACAGCUUCUGCAAAGAGACGACUAACUGUAAAUGAAGACAGCAGAGCAGAGGAGGCAAAGGCUUUGACAGUGUCCAGCUCCCGUUCCGACAGAACUGAGGCAUGUGUGUCCAGUUCUGCCCAUGAAAGCAGACGGGGUGCCUUAGACAAGAGUUCCUCACGGCUUACCUCAACUGUUAAACCCCUCAUCGAGUCACUCCCCUCUGAGGCUGUUAUCGAUAUCAAACCGGAGAUGGAUGAUGACCUCAUUGCUGACGAACCCGUAGAAAUGGGCGCCAACCCUGGUCGGAUCAGGGGCUCAGCUGGUAGACCCACCGCUGAAAUCUACAGGCCGACCCAAAGCAAAUUCAACUCGGUUAACUCUGCCAAUACAUUUCGGUCCAUGGACGAACUGUUGCACUCCAGACAGCAGGACAGCAGAAGCAGCAGAUCAUCCAGACCCGGUCCCAGUAAGCCAGAUGAGUUGUCACGGAAACGUAAGGCACCAGUUGCAAGUUCAGUAGUACGAGUGAGCAAAACGGCAGAUGAGGAUAGCGAUGACUUGGAGGAGGAGGAUACAAGCUAUGGAACCAGAGGACUGUCCAGCAGAGUGUCCCUACCCUCAAAACCAGAACGCAAACCUACUCUGCCACCAGCAAAGCAAGCCAACCGGAAUCUGAUACUGAAGGCCAUCUCUGAGGCCCAGGACUCUAUCACCAAAACUACAGCCUACACAGCAAUACCACAGCGACAGACUGUUCCUGUGGCACCUCGCACUCGUUUGUCCAGCAGUGAAGAGAUGACUGCAGCCAUUCAGCUGGUCCAGGAGCACCUCCACAGCCUGGCCCCUAGAGUGCAGGCCUACACUUCUGCUUCACUACCUCCCUCUAGAACUCUAGCUCCAGCAAAGUCUUUAGCAUCACGACUUCAAUUAGAUUUCGCUGAGAGCAGUGGUGGAAGAGAGGCAGGUGACUAUGGGGUUGAAGUAGCUGGAGGCAGUGAGGGAAAGCCUUUCGAUACACGAUCCUUCAUAAUGAGCCGACCACAAUUGGAAGAGUCAGAAACCAGAAGACAGCAGCGCCUUCAGGCCAGAGAGGAUUUCCAGCCGGCUGCAAUACGAACAGUCCAGGCCAGUAAGGAGAGGGGGGAGUCUGCCAGCCCAAAGUUCAUAGUUACAUUAGACGGGGUGCCGAGCCCUAUGGGGGUCCUCACUGAGUGUGAGAUGGAGCUGGACGAUGUUAGACCUCCUGCAAAGGUCACUGACGCGACCAUCCACGCUAACAGGGAAUCCAAAGUCAGUGUCCUGCACAGGCUGCAGGGAGGAGUCGCAUCAUUGGAAGAGGAUGUAAUGGAAGUAGAAAUGGAGGAGGACGAUGCCGCUCCUUUGAAAAAACAGAAAGUUAUGGAGCGCUGCAAAUUCUGGCCCGUCUGCAAAAGUGGAGACGACUGUCUAUACCAUCACCCCACCACACAGUGCAAGACCUUUCCCAACUGCAAGUUUGGGGAUAAAUGCCUUUUCAUCCAUCCAAAUUGUAAAUAUGAUGCCAGGUGCACCAAGCCAGACUGUCCCUUCACUCAUGUCAGCCGCAGAAGCACAGUCGCUCCACCACCGAGACCAGCCAUGCCGCCAGUGCAGACCACCAGUGUGUGUCGCUUCUUCCCUGAAUGCAAAAAGAGGGACUGUCCCUUUUAUCACCCCAAGCCCUGCCGCUUCGCAGCUCAGUGUAACAGACCGGGAUGCACAUUUUACCACCCUACCACAACUGUGCCACCAAGACACGCCCUGAAGUGGACAAAAACACAGAGCAGCUAAUGAAGUCCACAACAUUUGAAGAAGCCUGACGAUGACCUGAUGAUGUGAAACUUUCAAAAUCUUCUGUUCAUGGAAUUUCAUUCUCACAUUUGACUGUUGUCUGCUAUUAUUUUAUUGUAUUUGUAUUUGGACUGGUUUUUAAGAAACGUUGUUUUGUAAGCAGAAAUGUCAAGAUUUUGAUUCCAUUAGAUAUAAAUUCUUCACAUUUGUCCCACCUCAUUAUUUGCCUUGUAUUUUUUUUUUGAUAAUGUUGUCAUUGUGUAGUUAAGAAGUAUGCUUUUGUUCUCUUAGGGUAAUGAUAACAGAGAACAUCACAAUUUAUAAAGUGCAGUAUUAUUAACACUUUGAUUAUAUUAGUAGAUGGGAUGUAUUUUCUCAGAACAAAAAUAUUUUUUAUUGAUUUGCUGUCUCUUGGAAAAAGAAGUUGAGCCUAAGAAGCAUCUUAUAGUUAUGCAGCUGUAUAUAAACUGUUAAAAAAAAUAUUAUGGCCUGUAAUGAUAUUGUGUGGGUAAUGUUUCAUAAAAUUUAAUGCACUGAAUUACCUUUUUUGUUUGAUGAAGAAUGGAUGUGAGAGUGAUGUUCAUUGAAGCAUAGAAGUCUAUUUGAGCACACAUGAGUCAAGAUCAUUGGUCAAAGAAGACAGUUUUUGGACAGUUUUAGGCUAAAGAGGCAAAUAUGUACUAAACGUAAU